AUGACUUCAAUGUACAUGGUUUAUGAUAACAAGAUAAAAGUUGGAGCGAACGUAGAUGUCUUAGGGGUGAUGCUAGACGCAUUUUUUGAUAUGUGUUACGAUCGGUUAAAACAUUUAGAACUGAUGAACUCUUUUAUUGAGACGUUUAAAGACUAUUUUGAAGUCAUGAAAACCGUUUGGGGAAUGGAAGGAAACGACAAACAAAAAAUGCUGACUCGACGACUCGCUUCCAAUUUAAAGAAGAUCGAGCAGAAUAAAGUCGUGAACGAAAAGUCGUUAACUCUUGAAGAAGAAUAUAUGAAGUACUUGGAAGCAAACAAUAGACAGCCACGGGUGUGGGAAGGGGCAAUAGACAUUAAUAGUAAGUAA